CCUUCCUGGGUGGCCUUCAGAAGGGAACAGAGUAAACAACCGAAGGCAACAUCCAGGGUUCCAUUAAGCAAUGAAUAUAGUUUGAAGGAAUUGUCAGGGAGAGCAAAUUUGAUGACUGCAAGUGACUCAGAGCAUGCCCACAGAAACCAGUGUCCCCUCCUUGAGAAGCAUGUGACUUUGAAAAGCACACUAGACAAAAAUUGGAACUCAGGAGAAAGGAGAAUGACAUGAAGAUGUACAGGCCACAAUAAAGAAAGGACUGUGUGUACCAAGAGGUCAGCAUGCCCCAGGAUGAUGACUACUUUUAUUGUGAGAAGUGUCAGAAUUUCUUCAUCGACAGCUGUGCGGUGCAUGGACCCCCUACAUUUGUGAAGGACACUGCAGUGGACAAGGGACAUCCCCACCACUCAGCCCUCACCCUGCCCCCUGGGUUGAGAAUCGGGCCAUCAGGCAUCCCUGAGGCUGGGCUUGGAGUGUGGAAUGAGGCAGCAGACUUGCCAGUGGGUCUGCACUUUGGCCCUUAUGAAGGACACAUCACAGAAGAUGAAGAGGCAGCCAAGAGCAGAUACUCCUGGCUGAUCGCCAAAGCGAGAAACUGCUACGAGUAUGUGGAUGGAAAGGACAGAUCCUGGGCCAACUGGAUGAGGUAUGUGAACUGUGCCCGGGAUGAUGAAGAGCAGAACCUGGUGGCCUUUCAAUACCACAGGCAGAUUUUCUACCGAACCUGCCGGGUCAUCAGGCCGGGCUGUGAGCUGCUGGUCUGGUUCGGGGAUGAGUAUGGCCAGGAGCUGGGCAGCAAGUGGGGCAGCAAGUGGAAGAGAGAGCUCUCGGCUGAGAGAGGAGAACCAAAGCCAGAGAUGCACCCAUGUCCCUCCUGCUCUCUGGCCUUCUCCAGUCAGAAGUUCCUCAGCCAACAUGUGAAAGUCAAUCAUCUCUCCCAGUUUCUCCCCGGAACAUCUGCAAGAAAACACCUCCAAGCAGAGGAACUCUGUCCAGAGGAUCACAAUCGGCAGCAACAACAUACUAGUACACCCAGCUGGAAUGAUAAAGCUGAAGGUCAAGAGGUCAAAGAAAGGUCAAAACCUUUGCUUAAAACAAUCAGUCAGAGGAGAAUCUUAAGACCCUUUUUCCAACCCUCCAGAGAACAAAUGAGGAGCUGUAGUGAGCAUGAGAGAAUGAUGGAGGAAGAGCCCCACAGAGGCCAGAAAGAGAGUCCAGAGGACACAGGCAAGGUAUUGAUGAAAGUAGGAAUAUCAAGAAUUGUAGCAGUUGAGCACAGAAGGUGUUGGCAAGGCUUCAGUGAUGGGUCACAUCUCAUUACACGCCAGGGGACAUACUCAGGGGAGAAGCCCUAUGUUUGCAGUGAGUGUGGGCGAGGCUUUACCUGGAAGUCAGUUCUCAUCACACACCAGAGGACACACUCUGGGGAGAAGCCCUAUGUUUGCAGGGAGUGUGGGCAGGGCUUUAUCUGGAAUUCAGGUCUCAUCAGACACCAGAGGACACACUCUGAGGAGAAGCCCUAUGUCUACAGGGAGUGUGGGUGAUGCUUGACACAGAAGUUCUCAUCAUACAUCACAGGACACACUCAGGAAAGGAACUCUGUGCAGGCAGUGUGGGCAAGGCCUUACACAAUAGUCACAUCUCAGACACUCAUUGUGGGGAGAAGCCCCAUAUUUGCAGGUGAAGUGAAUCAUUACCAUUAAAUCACAUGUCAAUAGCCCUAAGAUGUCCAUGGAACGUUAGUCUCCCCAAGAUUGUAAUUAGGACAGAAGUAAAUGGUUAAACAAACCCUCUAGUUUCAGGACAAGAGAUGACAUUGACAAACAGUUCCAUAAGUGUUAUGGGAAUGUCAGCACCAAUCUCCUUCAUGGGUUUUUGACAUCUUAUUCUGAACAGUUUUGUCUCCAUACAAAUAUGAAGCCCACAUCCCACAUUCCCCCAUCACUGAAAGCAGAGAGUUUGGGAAGAGCCACAAAGAACUCAUCCUCUCAGCCACAGAAAUUCAACCCCUACAAAUGGGGAAGUCUUGAGACAGUCUACUUGGGUUACUUCCCAGAAAGAGGAAUUUGAGACAGACUCACCAGGGAAGGGAAUUCCCCAGACUCCUAGGAGGGGUCCUUCUCCUAAUAGGCUCCCUACCGUCUUCUGUUGGCUUCCCUUGGCUCUUCUGGUUUCCUACAACCUCUGGAGCCUCAGAGGUGAAUGGCAGCAAGGGAUGUAUGCUUGUGCAUGGAUGUGAGCCUGGCUCUGUCUGGGUACCUGGUCUUCCUCACUCUCCUUGCUGCCCCUUCAGGGUCAGCACUUCAUGGUGCACAGCAUACAGGUUCCACAUCAGUACAUAGUGGGUGUGAUUCUGAGCUCUGUCUUCUCCAGCUGUGUGACCUAAGGCAAGAUUCUCAACGUCUCUGCCUGUUUACUAGUCUGUACACUGGAAAUGGGAACUCCAGCCUUUUUGACAUUCAAAGUUGAGUCAGCACAGACAGAAUCUGGCAAGAGGAUCACUGAAAUCACAAGCCCUGCUGAACAGUCAGUGCCCAUGUCUUCUGGGUCUUUAGU